AUGAGUUGGAAAGGCCUAACAAAGACCGUCACCCGGGCGCCGCAAACCUUCAAGCAAAGGUUCAACCUCGGCGAAAUCACAAAGGACCCCAUCUACAUCGAUGCAGAACGCCGCUUCCAAGAGCUGGAGAAGGAGACGAAAAAGCUCCACGAGGAGUCUAAGAAGUAUUUUGAAGCCAUAAAUGGCAUGCUCUCACAUCAGAUGGAGUUCUCCAAGGCCAUCGCCGAAAUCUAUAAGCCCAUUUCCGGCCGAAUGUCAGAUCCCGAUUCAUUCCACGACGAAGGCAACACGGCAGGCAUAGAAGCAUGCGAAGAAUACGAGUCGGUCGUUAAGGAACUACAAGAGACUCUUAAGCCCGAGCUUGAGAUGAUAGAGUCCCGAGUCAUUCGUCCGGCGGACGAGCUGCUAGUCAUUAUCAAGGCCGUACGAAAGAUCGCCGCCAAGCGCGAUCACAAGCAACUCGAUUACGACAGGCAUCGCGCUACGUACAAGAAGCUCGAGGAGAAGAAAGACAAGACACUCAAGGACGAGAAGGCCAUGUACAAAGCUGAGAACGACGUAGAACUCGCGACGCAGGACUACAACUACUUCAACGAUUUGCUAAAAGACGAGCUACCGAAGCUGUUCGCACUGGAGAGAGAGUUCAUCAAGCCUCUGUUCCAGUCGUUCUACUAUAUGCAGCUGAACGUUUUCUACACGUUACACGAGCGCAUGCAACGGCUUGAUAUCGGCUACUUCGACCUUACACUAGAUAUUGAGGCCGCCUACCAGAAGAAGCGCGGCGACACACAGGAGGAAGCAGAGAAGAUUUCUAUCGUCAAGUUCAAGACUACAGGUGGCGCUCGUGUCGCUGGUGCACGACCGGGGCAGUCAAAGUACGCAACGAAAGCACUUGAAGCCAAGGCAGGCCGAAGCUCGAUAUCGGAAGACACAGAAACACCCCCACCACCUUACUCUGCUGGGCCUUCUGCAGCUGCUGUUGGAGAUGUUAAGUCGCCAACUCUGUCGACAGGAUCAUGGGGUUCUGCUGCCAAAGCCAAAGGCGCUCCUCCGCCACCCAAGCCUAAGCCUUCGCGCCUCAGCGGCGUACCCGCGACAGAAACUGUUACAGCUCUCUACGACUACGAGGCACAAGCGGAAGGCGAUCUUAGUUUCUUGACUGGCGACGUAAUAGAAAUCGUCUCAAGGACGCAAAACGACAAUGAAUGGUGGAUUGGAAAGGUACGGGGGAAGCAGGGACAAUUCCCAGGCAACUACUGUGGGACAUAUCUUGGCUUCAUCCGCCUCACCAAAGCACUUGAAGCAUACCGCGCAACGAAACCCGACUCAUCAGCAACUUUCACCCUCAAACUAGCUCCGUACCAACUCUACCCUGACGCCACCCAAGAAGGCGUCGACAAGUAUGAAUGGUACAAGAACGAAAAAUACCAAGGCAGUGAAGAGCGGAUGAAAAUGUACAUGGCCGCCAUGGAGGAUCUAGGUAAAGCUGAGAACAUCAAGUUUGACUUUGGAGGUGGCAUGCUAGCGAAUACUCUGCAUGCCCAUCGUGUGUUGCAGUAUUUGCAGAACAACAAAGAGCAGGGACUUCAGCUAGAGGUUUUGAAAUCGCUGUACAAACAAUACUUUGAGCAGCGCGCUCAUCCGAGCAGUACUGAGACACUGAAGAAGGCGUGUGUAGCAGCUGGGAUCAGUCAAGAUGAAGCGGAGAAGUUGGUGGAAGACGGUGAUGAAGAGUUGAGGGAGACAAAGGCAGCGAUUCAGGAGCAGGCUGGCAAUGGUGUGGAUAGUGUGCCGUAUGUUAUAUUCGAGGGGAGGAAGAGGGAUUUCACGCUGAUUGGGGCGAAGAGUGUGGCGGAGUAUGAAAAGGUGUUAGGGCAGGUUGCUAAGGAGUGUGCGUAA